AUGGCGUCAACUUCGCUGCGUCCUCUAGCUGCCGAGCUCAGCUGCCUGUCUUCGUUGCGACUCGGGCGACGGACCCUGCACGGCACGAAGUCGUUGCUGGGCACUCAAACAGAACAGUGGCAUAAUACACUUUCCUCGUCGUCCCGCCAUGUCUACAGUACAAGGGUUAUCAAGACAGCAGGAAGGUCACGCGACACCUCAGUGAUUCAUCUGCCUCCGCCUUCUGUGCGACCAUAUGCGACUGAAGCAUCCGCUGUCAUCCCACCCACGACACCCUUUGCAAACCUCACCAUCGGCGUCCCCACCGAGAUAUUCCCAGGGGAGCGUCGCGUUGCGCUGACACCGCAGAAUGUCGCGCUCCUGCUCAAAAAGGGCUACUCCAAGGUUCUCAUCCAAAGCGGUGCGGGUGUCCAAGCCGAAUUCCUAGACGAAGCAUAUGAGACAGCCGGUGCUACCCUCGUCGACGAUGCGUCUGGUGUCUGGUCAUCAGCCGACAUUGUGCUCAAAGUCCGCAACCCGGCCAAGGAGGAGAUUGACAGCAUCAAAGCGAAGCAGACAAUCAUCUCGUUCCUCCAGCCGGCGCAGAACAAGGAGCUCGUGGACGCCAUUGCCGCCAGGCGCGCCACAAGUUUCGCCAUGGACAUGAUCCCCAGAAUAUCGAGGGCGCAGGUCUUUGACGCGCUGAGCUCCAUGGCCAACAUUGCCGGCUACAAGGCCGUGCUCGAGGCCUCCAACAAUUUUGGACGGUUCCUGACGGGCCAGGUGACGGCCGCCGGCAAGAUCCCACCGUGCAAAGUCUUGGUCAUUGGCGCUGGCGUUGCCGGGCUGAGUGCCAUAGCCACUGCGCGUCGCCUCGGUGCCGUGGUCAGGGGGUUCGACACUCGUCCCGCCACACGCGAGCAGGUCCAGUCGCUAGGUGCCGAGUUUGUCGAGGUCGAGCUCAAGGAAGAUGGCUCUGGCGCGGGCGGCUACGCCAAGGAGAUGAGCAAGGAGUUCAUCGAUGCCGAGAUGAAGCUGUUCAAGGAGCAGGCCAAAGAGGUCGACAUUAUCAUCACCACGGCUCUCAUCCCCGGCAAACCCGCGCCCAAGCUCAUCAAGAAGGAGGCCCUCGACGUGAUGAAGCCCGGCAGCGUCGUCGUCGACCUGGCCGCCGAGGCCGGCGGCAACUGCGAGGCUACUGUCAAGAACGAGCUCGCCAAGUACAAGGAGGUUAAGAUCAUCGGUUACACUGAUCUGCCCUCGCGUCUGCCGACCCAGUCGUCCACCUUGUACUCCAACAACAUCACCAAGUUCCUCUUGUCCAUGACACCCAAGGAAAAGGAGUUUGGCAUCGACCUAUCUGACGAAGUAGUCCGAGGUGCCAUUGUCACGCAAGCAGGCGAAGUCCUACCCCCUGCUGCGCGCCCUGCUCCUCCGCCGCCGGCACCUGCGCAACCUGCUGCUGCCGAGACCAAGGCUGAGGUGAAGGCAAUCACCCCGUUCCAGAAAGUGUCCCGCGAAGUCGCCGCCGUGACGGGCGGCAUGGGCACAGUGCUCGCGCUGGGCAAGUACACGAGCCCAUUGUUCAUGGGUAACGCUUUCACCUUCGCGCUGGCCUCUCUGAUUGGAUAUCGUGUCGUCUGGGGCGUCCAGCCUGCGCUUCACUCACCUCUGAUGAGCGUAACGAACGCUAUCUCUGGUAUGGUGGGUAUUGGUGGUUUGUUCAUCCUCGGAGGAGGGUACGUGCCCGAGACCAUCCCGCAGACAUUCGGUGCCUUAAGUGUGCUGCUCGCUUUCGUCAACGUUGGUGGAGGCUUCGUCGUCACCAAGCGCAUGCUAGACAUGUUUAAGCGUGCCACCGACCCCCCCGAGUAUCCCUGGCUGUAUGCGAUUCCAGCGACCCUGUUUGGAGGUGGCUUCCUUGCUGCAGCGUCGACUGGUGCCGCUGGUCUCGUGCAGGCGGGCUAUCUCGCGAGCACCGUCCUCUGCAUCGGCUCCCUCACCGGUCUCGCUUCGCAGACCACCGCUCGCAUGGGCAACAUGCUCGGCAUGCUCGGCGUCGGCUCAGGCGUGCUGGCCAGUCUGUUCGCAGCUGGCUUUUCGCCCGAGGUCUUGACUCAGUUUGGCGUGCUGGCAAGUCUGGGUACGCUCGCCGGCUUCCUCAUUGGCAAGCGCAUCACGCCGACCGAUCUCCCGCAGACGGUCGCGGCAUUGCAUUCUGUCGUUGGCCUGGCCGCGGUUCUGACCAGUGUCGGCAGUGUCAUGGCGCACAUCUCUGACCCUUCGACACUGCACAUGGUGACUGCGUAUCUUGGCGUCGUGAUAGGCGGCAUCACAUUUACAGGGUCCAUCAUUGCCUUCCUCAAGCUCGCUGGUCGCAUGAGGUCUAAGCCAGUCAGCAUCCCGGGGAAGCAUCUUCUGAAUGGCAGUCUUCUCACAGCGAAUGCGGCGACGAUGGGUGCAUUCGUGACCAUGGCGCCUGGAAGUCCCCUCAUAGCCGCUGGUGCCCUUGCGGGAAGCACUCUACUGAGUUUCAUCAAGGGAUACACCACCACCGCCGCCAUUGGCGGUGCCGACAUGCCCGUUGUCAUCACCGUGCUCAACGCGUACAGCGGCUUCGCCCUCGUAGCAGAGGGAUUCAUGCUCGACAACCCGCUUCUCACCAGCGUUGGCGCCUUGAUCGGCGUGUCAGGCUCCAUCCUUUCGUACAUCAUGUGUGUCGCCAUGAACCGCUCUCUGACCAACGUUCUCUUUGGUGGUAUGAGCGCACCGACGCAAGUGCAAGAGUACAAGCCUCAAGGACAGGUCACGCAGACCUCUGUCGAUGACCUGUCCGACGCACUGCUGCAGAGCGAGUCUGUCAUCUUCAUCGUGGGCUACGGCAUGGCGGUUGCCAAGGCGCAGUAUGCCAUUUCCGAGAUUGUCGCAAUGCUACGAAAGAAGGGCAUCACCGUUCGUUUCGCCAUUCACCCUGUCGCGGGUCGCAUGCCUGGGCAGUGCAACGUCCUGCUUGCCGAGGCCAGCGUGCCGUACGACAUUGUCCUGGAGAUGGACGAGAUCAACGACGACUUUCCCGAGACUGACUUGGCCGUGGUCAUUGGCGCCAAUGACACUGUCAACCCGAUCGCGAUGGAGAAGGGCAGCUCGAUCGAGGGCAUGCCUGUCCUGCACGCGUGGAAGGCCAAGCAGGUUGUCAUUAUGAAGAGAAGCCUGGGAAGCGGAUACGCCGACGUUCCGAACCCCAUGUUCUACAUGGAUAACGCCAAAAUGCUGUUUGGCGACGCAAAAGUGUCUUGCGAUGCUAUCAAGACCGCUGUAGAAAGCAAGCUCUAG